AUGUCGGGUCGAACACCAAGUUUCAUUGUUGUUGGUCUUGUUAUUAUUAUGUUUCUUCUCGGUCUUUUUUACAUGUCAUGUUCAUCAAAAAAUACUGAACUUCGACUAUCUUUAGAGCAAUUUGAAGAACGUAUACGAUCGUUAACAAUAAAAAAUAGCGAUGCAGAAAAGAAAAUUGAAAAUGUUAUUUCACGUAAACGUGAACUUGAUGAAGAUAUAUUAACUAUUCGACGACAAAUGGAAAAAAAAGAUUCUGAAAUUAACGAUUUGAAUACGAAAUUAAAUGAAAAAUCAGCUGAAAUUCAAAGUCUUAAAACAGAUAAAAAUGUUCUUGAUGAACAAUUAAAAGAUUACAGAUCAAUGAGUGAAACAAUUGUUUCAAAAAAUUCAUUAAUUGAAAAAUUACAACAACAAUUAAAUGAUGAAAAACAAUCUCAUAAUGAUGAAUUAAAUCGAUUAAAACAAGAACAAGAAACAUUAAAAAAUAGUCAAUCUUUACGAAAUAAUCAAUUACCUGCACAAAAUGAACAAAAAAAUACUUUUUUUAUUCCACAACAACGUUUUCGACCAUUUAUACCAAAUAAUGUAACAACAAGAAGUAUUUUAUCAUUAUUUCAAGAACCUUCAAAUAAAUUAAAUAAUCUAACACAAGAAAUUAAAGCACAAAUAGCCCCAGCAGCAGUCGAUCUUCGAGAUCAAGUUUUAAAUGGACUUGAUAGUAAUACAAAUACAUCAACUACUACAUCAUCAAAUGAACAACAACAACAACAAGAUAUUGACAAUGAUAAACUUCAUCAAGAAGCUAAUCAAAAUGUUCCAGCACCACCAUUAGCUAAUAUUGCACAAGAACAACAAAAACAACCAGAUCAUGUUGAAUCAGCUCAAGCUGCACCACAACUUGAAAACAAACUUCAUCAAGAAAAUCAAGUAGCAGCAGACAAUUCACAAUAUCAACAACGUUUACAACGAUCAUUAAAUAAUUCAAUAUCUGAUGAUAAAAAUAUAAAAUCUCUUGAUAAUGCUGAUAAUGAAAAUGAUGAUGAAGAACAAAAUGAUAUAAACAAUUUACAGCAGAAUAUUGUUGCUCCUUCAAAUUCUAUACAACGAAAUAAUGUAGAAAAUAAUAAUCGUCUUAUGGGUGCCGCUUCACAGUUACAAUUGAAUGAUAAUAAUAAUUAUCGUGUAGCUAAUCGUGAACGAUAUCAUCAAAUUAAGAAUAAAAUUCUAUAA